AUGACAGAAGAAAAGAAGAAAAAAGAUGAGAAGGAGGAAGAUCCUUGUUCCGCGUUCGUGGGCCGAUACGUUAUCAAGACGAUGCGCUUGAAGGACGAAAAGUGGCUGAAGCUGAUCGGCAACGAGGAGCUGCGCACGAUCGUAAUGGAAUGGGUGAUGCAUCCCGCCGUCAUGGCGCUGUUCAUUACGCUUAGCAAUGCAGGAGCGCUGGUACCCAGUUACCAUUUUCCGAACAACGCCAAGGGCAAGAUAUGCUAUUUUGUCAAGAUCUCGGAGAUGGCUUUGGAAGUUGGGAAAAUUCGUGAGCAACUCAUUUACGGGGACCUAACGCCAAACCCGAUCGAUGAUCUGUCCAUUUUGGUGGAUGAAAUUUUUUACCCCAUGAUAAACAACCCGCAAAAUCAAGAAGGAUGGCCGACGGCAAUCGUUAAGGACAUCGAUAAUCAUGUCCAGGAGCUGCGAAACAUUAUUUCCGAGGUGAAAGGUAAUAUCAUAAAUCAAACGCUUCUGCCGAUGCCCAUUGCUAUCGACAACAUUAUGCAGGUUGGCGAAGAAGUUCUAGAAGGCAAUAUCGAUGCAUGCAGCCUGAAAAUGAAAAACUCCCUCGAGGGCAUUAUAAUUAAGUGGGCUUGCCAGAUUAACGAUGUACUGAAGGAAGAUUCGUCGCAAGCGUUCAAAGACGGCCGGCAUCCGACGCCGGUGGAGGAAAUUAACUUUUGGGAAUCGCGACAGAAAAAUCUACGCAACAUCUACGCCCAGCUAACCGAGCCGAAAUCGCGUCAAAUUGGAAUCAUUCUCGAGGGUAUCGAUUCCGUGUACUCAUCGUCGUUCAAGAACACGUUCAAGAGUGUUGUGCAGGCGGUACACGAGGCGGAUGAUAUUUCGCUAUACCUGAAACCGCUGCGCAAAACCUUCGAAACAUUUGAGAGUACCGAUUUCGUCGAUUCGUCGGAUAUGAUAUCGCCGAUGCUUCACCUCGUGUGUUUAGUGUGGGCCCACUCGUGCUACUAUGGUAUCAAUUCACGAUUGGUAAUAAUGUUCAAAAUGAUAAGCAAUAUGAUGAUUGCGGAGGCGAGCAAAUCGCUCGAUCCUGGCUCGCUGUUCCAAGGUGAAGUGGAUGAAUCGUUGAUCAAAAUCACUCUGAUUAUUGAUACGUUGGAAUUCUACAAAUCAGAGUUUCAUGAUUUCCGCUCACGGCUCAACGAGUUCCAAAAACCCAACACUCAACCACUCACCUGGACGUUUCGAACGCGCGACAUUUUUAAUCGGCUGGACGUGUACAUAGUGCGGCUGAACGAGAUCAAAGACAUUUUCAACACGGCGAAUGAGUUUAAAAAGCUCGAAAAGGUGGAAAUCGGCGGUCUAAGGGGAAGAGCUAUCAGUCGUAAAAUUCAGGAAAUUUACGAUGACUACAACAAGCUCUAUCAACGCUGGGGAUCAAUCGCGUACGAUCCACUAGAUCCUGAUCCGAAACUGAAGGGAUUCCAAAAGGAUCGGCAACGCUACCUAGAGAAGGCUAGCAUUCUCGAACGCAGGCUCGCGGCUCAAUUUGUUCUUGCUUUUGAGGAGUGUUUCAAUGUGGAGCAACUGAUGAAGCUGGUGCAAGUGUUGGGCAGCUUACUCAACAGAGCUCUCAUACAACCGGAUGUGUCUCAGAUGAUCGCCAGCAUUGUUGAGCUAUUCGAUGCAGAUAUAAAUGAAAUACAUACUAUUUUCGAGAGCGGUUAUGAAGAGUUCAAAAGUAAAGGGUUGAAAGGAAUUCCAAUCGACGAUGGGUUUCCACCGGUAGCAGGAGCUAUAGCCUGGGUGCACAAGCUGCAGGACCGUAUCAAGAAACCGAUUACUGAGCUAGCGAUGAUUGACCUUCCGAUAUUUCAAAAUGAAAAUGGACAACGUGUGUUGCAGAAAGCAGAACAACGGAAGGAACAAUUGGAAGAGUUUGAACAACAGCUCUUCUCGACAUGGGUUGCCGAUGUUACGAAGCAUAUUGACAAUUUUAUGAGUAAAUCACUACUCAGCAGAACUGACCCACGUUUGCUGGAGAUGAACUUCAACCAAGUCCUACAAACCAUUAUGGCUGAAGUUCGCUACCUCAAAUGCAUGAAAACCGUCAAUAUACCAGAAAAGGCACAGCAUUAUUAUGCGUCUGGAGAAGCUCUCUGGAACGCCAGGAUGAAACUUUCGCGCAUUGUUGAAUGGUACAAUGAAAUAUGCAAAACAUGUGCACCGUGCGAAUUCGAGCUGAUACAAAAAGAAAUCGAUGAAAUCGACGCAAUACUAGCGGACGCUUGCUCUGGCAGGAUCGAUUGGAAUAACUUCAAUCAAAGCUUCAUCGAUGGUUUGUACGACAAGCUGUACAAUCUGUAUUCGCGUGUUCUAAAGGCUAAGGCGAACAUCAAGAAAGUCCAAACCAGCAUUCGCAGCUGGGGUCAGAUUCCGCUCUACGAGCGGCUGAACGGUGAUAACAUCUCGCUCAUCAACAUCGAAAACCGUUCCUUAAUCGUUCAACGGCGGCUUGAGGCGUGCCUAGACACGAAGAAACUAAUCGAGAAGGUGAUGGAUGAAAACUUUAAGCUGUAUUUUGAUUAUCUGGUCGCGUUGUCUGAAGAGAAGCUGUCUUCCACAAUUGGAUCGGGAUCUCAGAGGAGGAGUAGCGUUCAGCAGCAGCCUGCGAAUGUUGCAGCGCUGGAAGUACCAGACAUUGACGAAGAACAGUCUUCCGCUGAUACGUUGGACGAUGUACCGUCGUUCGAUCAAUCCGAGCUGGGAAAGAAUGUUUCUCAGCUAGAGUUGUUCCGCCCCUACGAGGAGUACGUGGAUUCCAUACUAUCGACGGAAAUUAUGGAAGCGGUUCACGUUAGCGUAAAGUACAUCAAGUUUGAAAUGGAAAAUCGACUACAGCACAAUACACCGAUAUUCGAGAUAAAGUACGAGCUCCAUCCACCCGACACGCGCUUUUGUCCAUCCCUGGAUCCCUAUGAUCCGGAUGGGUUCUUUGCCCUCGUCGAAAGUAUGAUCACUGACAUCUAUUGCAUGUCGGAUAUGAUACCACGAGUAGCUCAACCUCCCGAAAGUGACCGCAUGGAUGAUGAAGGAAAUGUUUAUCCGGAAACCUACAUAACACAUCUGAGCAAUAAUGAUGCCGUCGAGCGCAUGAAGCACUCCAUCAUGCUAAUGGUCAUCCAGUCAACAAGAGAUGCAGAAAAGUAUGUCAAGCAGUUCGACAAUUACAACUAUCUCUGGUUGGACGAUAAGCACAGCGUGUUAGCCCAAUUCCUGAAGUAUGGACGUCCACUAACGCAAGACGAGAUGGAAAUGUUGCUUUCGACAGAAACUCCACUCAAGGAAGUAGCUCCGACGUUGGAACAGUUUAAGGCCCAGAUUGACAGCUACAUCGAUCUCUUCGAUGAGGUGUACCAAACGGAGGUGUCGCACGUGUUCGACACCUGGCUGUUGGUAGAUUUUCGUCACUUCAAGCAUAAGCUACUGCACGAAAUAGGCAAAUGGUCUAACAUUUACAAACAAACGCUGAUCGACCGCGUGGUGGUGAGUUUACAGGAGCUGGAAGAGUUCAGCAUUGAAUGUGAUGAGGUGCUUGGACUCGAUGCGGCUGAGGAAGACUUCCCCACGCUGCUUAAGAUACUGUCCGUGCUGAACAAAAUCAAGGAACGAGAAACCGCCACCGACAACAUGUUCGAUCCGCUGAAAGCAACCGUUGAUCUGCUGAAAACGUACAACGUGGAGUUCAACGAAACAGUGUACAAGCAGUUCACUGAGCUACCGGAACGAUGGCUGCACAUGAAGAAGACCGCGCAGAAGGUGCGGGAAAAGAUUGCUCCAGCACAAGCCUACCAAGUGGACCUCAUCCGGAAGCGCAUCAGUCUGUUUGACAUUCGCAUGAAGCUCUAUCGGGAUGGGUUUAAGAAGCUGCCCUGCUUUAAGGUGCCGUGCAAGAACGUGUACGACAUUUGCGACCAGGUCAAUCUGGAGCUAAACAUCAUGGAGACGCAGCUCAAGAAUUUAACCGAUUCGGCGAGCCUUUUCGAACUGAGCCCACCGGAUGACACGAAGUUGCGCCUCUGCCGGAAGGAGGUGAAAAUGUUGAAACAAAUUUGGGACUUUGUGUACACGGUCGAAUCGUGUGUGAACGAUUGGAAGAAAACGUCCUGGAAGAAAAUUGACGUGGAAGCAAUGGACGUGGAGUGUAAAAAUUAUGGCAAACAGAUACGACAGCUGGACAAGGACAUGCGUAACUGGGCGCCUUAUCUGCAUCUUGAGGCGAUCCUGAAAAAUCUUAUGACUUCCUUGCGUGCCAUUACCGAGCUGCAGAAUCCGGCCAUUCGCGAACGUCAUUGGUUUGAGCUGAUGCAAGCAACGAAGCUGAUACAAACAUAUGGAAAAGAAAUGCUGGUUCGCUUCCAAAUGGUGGACUCAACAACGCUUGCCGAUUUGCUCGAGCUAAACCUGCACAACUACGAAGAGGAGGUUAAAGGCAUAGUGGACAAAUCCGUCAAGGAGAUGUCGAUGGAGAAAAUGUUAAACGAUCUGCAAAUUGCGUGGAAAGAUCUACAGUUUGAAUUCGAUCCGCAUGAGCGCACCAACCUGAAGUUGCUUAAAAUAUCUGAGGAGGUCAUGGAGAUGCUGGAGGAAAAUCAGGUACAGCUACAGAACUUGCUAUCCUCCAAGUAUGUGGCAUAUUUCCUCGAGCAAGUGUCCCGUUGGCAAUUGUCUCUCUCGAAUGCGGACUGUGUCAUUACGGCUUGGUUUGAGGUGCAACGCAAAUGGAUGUACCUGGAGAGCAUCUUCAUCGGAUCGGAGGACAUUCGUAACCAGCUGCCGGAAGACUCGAAACGCUUCGACAACAUCGACAAAGAGUUCAAACGACUUCUGGCCGAGAUCGUUGCCAAUCCGAACAUAGUGAAGGCUACAAAUCGACCUGGAUUGUACGAAAAGCUUGAAGGACUGCUAGAACAGCUGAUACUCUGCGAGAAGGCAUUGAACGAUUAUUUGGAAACGAAACGCUUGGCCUACCCUCGAUUCUACUUCGUUUCGUCUGCCGAUUUGCUGGACAUUCUCUCGAACGGCAACCAACCGGAGCUGGUUGCAAAGCAUCUCACCAAACUGUACGAUUCCAUCGCCAAACUUCGCUUUGACAAGACGUCCAACAAAACUGCCAUCGGUAUGGUGUCGAAGGAGAACGAAGAGUUUGUCCAGUUCAAGGACGAGUGUGACUGCGACGGUAAGGUGGAGAUAUGGCUUAAUCGCAUCACCGAUUCCAUGCGCAUCACGCUGCGAGACCUUUUCGAACGGUCCGUGUCCGCGUACGAGGAAAAACCUCGCGAUUCGUGGAUCUUCGACUGGCCGGCCCAACCCGCCCUGUGCGCGACCCAGAUCUGGUGGACGACGGAGGUGAACGUGGCGUUUGCGAAGCUGGAGGAAGGUUACGAAAAUGCACUCAAAGACUACCAGAAGAAGCAGAUCCUGCAGCUGAACGCGCUCAUCGUGCUGCUGUGCGGCGAGCUUAGCCAAGGCGAUCGCCAGAAGAUUAUGACCAUCUGUACCAUCGAUGUGCACUCGCGAGACGUGGUGGCCAAAAUGAUACUGCAAAAGGUGGAAACGGGACAGGCGUUCCAGUGGCAGAGCCAGCUCCGGCACCGGUGGGACGAUAAGCUGCGGGACUGUUUCGCAAACAUUUGCGAUGCCCAGUUCCGGUACGACUACGAGUAUUUGGGCAACACGCCCCGUUUGGUCAUUACACCCCUAACGGAUCGAUGCUAUAUCACCUUGACGCAGUCGCUGCAUUUAAUCAUGGGUGGUGCACCGGCAGGACCGGCCGGUACGGGCAAAACCGAAACGACCAAGGAUCUCGGCCGUGCGCUCGGCAUCAUGGUGUACGUGUUUAACUGUUCCGAGCAGAUGGACUACAAAUCGUGCGGCAACAUCUACAAGGGCUUAUCGCAAACCGGCGCUUGGGGUUGCUUCGACGAGUUCAACCGUAUCUCCGUGGAGGUGCUGUCCGUCGUGGCGGUACAGGUCAAAUCGAUACAGGAUGCCAUCAAGGGUGGGAAAAAGUAUGCAACCCUUAGCGAUAGCAAGGGCAAGAAAACCAUAUUUAAUUUUAUGGGCGAAACCAUUUCGCUCGUGCCCACCGUGGGAAUUUUCAUCACCAUGAACCCGGGGUACGCGGGCCGUACGGAGCUGCCGGAGAAUUUGAAGGCGCUCUUCCGCCCGUGCGCGAUGGUCGUGCCGGAUUUUGAGCUCAUUUGCGAAAUCAUGCUGGUGGCGGAAGGUUUCCAGGAGGCACGAUUACUGGCCCGUAAGUUCAUUACGCUGUACACGCUGUGCAAGGAGUUGCUGUCGAAGCAGGAUCACUACGAUUGGGGUCUGCGGGCCAUCAAAUCGGUGCUGGUAGUUGCUGGAUCGUUGAAGCGAAGCGAUAGAGAGCGUCCGGAAGAUCAGGUGUUGAUGCGUGCACUGCGCGACUUUAACAUACCGAAAAUUGUGACCGAUGAUGUGCCUGUGUUUAUGGGCCUGAUUGGAGAUUUGUUCCCCGCGCUGGAUGUGCCGCGAAAACGAUCCCCCAACUUCGAGACGCUAAUCCGACGGUCCACCCAGGAGAUGAAACUGCAACCCGAGGAUAGCUUCAUACUGAAGGUGGUUCAGCUGGAGGAGCUGUUUGCCGUGCGACACUCGGUAUUUAUCGUCGGUAAUGCCGGCACGGGCAAAACGCAAGUCUGGAAGGCACUGUUCAAAACGUACCAGAACCAGAAACGAAAACCACACUUUAACGAUCUCAACCCGAAGGCGGUGACGAAUGACGAGCUGUUUGGUAUCAUAAAUCCCGCCACGCGAGAGUGGAAAGAUGGUCUGUUUUCGGUCAUCAUGCGAGACCAGGCGAACAUGCCCGGUACGGGCCCGAAGUGGAUAGUGCUCGACGGGGAUAUCGAUCCGAUGUGGAUCGAAAGCUUGAACACGGUAAUGGACGACAACAAGGUGCUAACGUUGGCCAGCAACGAGCGGAUAGCGCUGACGAAGGAGAUGCGGCUGCUGUUUGAAAUUUCCAACCUGCGCACCGCGACACCCGCCACCGUGUCGCGCGCGGGCAUCCUUUACAUCAACCCGCAGGAUUUGGGCUGGAACCCGUUCGUCGCGUCGUGGAUUGAUUCGCGCGAGACGCAGGCGGAGAAGGGCAUUCUGUCCGUGCUGUUCGACAAAUAUAUUCCCCCGCUGAUGGACGCACACAAGCGGUUCAAAAAGAUUACACCCAUAUCGGAAAUUGCCAUGAUACAAAUGACUUGCCACCUGUUGGAUUGUUUGCUAACGCCCCAGAACUUGCCGCCCGAGUGCCCGAAGGAGUGGUACGAAAUAUACUACGUGUUUGCUGUCAUUUGGGGCUUCGGAUCGUCGCUUUAUCAGGAUCAGCUGGUCGAUUGGCGGACCGAGUUUCACAAAUGGUGGAUCAACGAGUUUAAGGCGAUUCGUUUCCCACCGGGUGGAACCAUCUUUAGCUACUACAUCGAUCCGGAAACGAAGAAGUUCAACCCAUGGACAGAUUUGGUACCAUCGUUCGAGCUCGAUACGGAUAUCCCGCUGCAGUCGAUGUUGGUGCCCACUACGGAAACAACACGGCUUCGUUGGUUUAUGGACAUACUGAUCGAAGAUAAACACCCCGUCAUGUUGGUCGGUGGUGCAGGCUCUGGCAAAAGCGUCAUCGUGGCCGAUAAGCUGAGCAGCCUCUCGUACAAGUACGCGGUGACGAAUGUGCCGUUUAACUUCUACACCACCUCGGAAAUGUUGCAGCGUGUGCUUGAGAAACCGUUGGAAAAGAAAGCUGGUCGCAAUUAUGGUCCGCCUGGGAACAAGACGAUGGUUUACUUUGUGGACGAUAUGAACAUGCCAGAGGUGGACACGUACGGCACCGUACAACCCCACACCCUCAUCCGUCAGUUUAUGGACUAUCGGCACUGGUACGAUCGGGCCAAGCUUUCACUAAAGGACAUUCACAACUGCCAGUUUGUGUCCUGUAUGAAUCCAACGGCCGGAUCGUUUACAAUUGACCCGCGCCUGCAGCGACACUUUUGUGUGUUCGCCGUUAGCUUCCCCAGUGGAGACCCGCUGUACCACAUCUACUACUCAGUUCUCUCGCAGCACCUGUCCAAUCCGAUGAACAAGUUCAAUCUUGCUACCCAGAAAAUCUGUGCAGCCUUGGUGACCUGUGCCCUGAACCUGCACACCAAGAUGGGACAAAUGUUCCUGCCGACGGCCAUUAAGUUCCACUACGUGUUUAAUAUGCGCGAUUUGGCAAACAUCUUCCAGGGCAUGCUGUUCGGCAAUGGGGAAACGUGCCAGGAACCGAACCAACUUAUUCGCCUGUGGGCCCAUGAAGCGACGCGGGUGUACGGCGACAAGCUGGUGGAAGAGCGAGACAUUGACAAUUUCAACAAACUGAUCGUGGACGUUGUGAAGAAAUCGUUCGAGGAGAUGGACGAAACGAAAGUGUUUUCUAAGCCCAUCAUUUACUCGCAUUUCGCGGAGGGUCUCACGGAUCCGAAGUAUAUGCCCGUCGCUAGCUGGGAGUUGCUGAACAAAACUCUGGAGGAAGCACAGGCCAACUACAACGACAUGAUUGGUGCGAUGAAUCUCGUGCUGUUUGAAGAUGCAAUGAGCCACAUUUGCCGCAUCAGUCGCAUUUUGGAGGGACCGCGAGGAAAUGCGCUGCUCAUCGGUGUCGGUGGAUCCGGCAAGCAGUCGCUGUCCAGACUGGCGGCGUUCAUAUCGGGCCUGGAAGUCUUCCAGAUACAGCUCCGGAAGGGGUACAGCAUUGCGGAUCUUAAAGCGGACUUGGCCGUACUGUACAUGAAGGCGGGAGUCAAAAAUGUGCCGUGCAUGUUCCUGAUGACGGAUGCGCAGGUGGCUGAAGAGUCGUUUUUGGUGCUGAUCAACGAUCUGCUAGCAUCGGGAGAGAUCCCCGAGCUGUUUCCGGAGGACGAAAUCGACAACAACAUCAUCAAUGCGCUGCGCAACGAGGUUAAGCAGCUCGGCAUGAUGGAUUCCAAGGAGAACUGUUGGAAGUAUUUCAUCGAGAAGGUGCGCAAGUCACUGAAGCUUGUGUUGUGUUUCUCGCCUGUCGGGUCCACCCUGCGCGUACGGGCCCGUAAGUUUCCAGCAAUUGUCAACUGUACCGCCAUCAACUGGUUCCAUGAAUGGCCCAAAAAUGCCUUGGAGUCUGUGUCGACGCGUUUCCUUUCGGAAAUCGAAGUACUGCCGCCGGAACUGGUUGAACCCAUUGCUGUGUUUAUGUCGUACGUACACGGUACAGUGAACGAGAUGUCUCAAACUUAUCUGCAAAAUGAGCGCCGCUAUAACUAUACCACGCCGAAAUCAUUCCUGGAGCUUAUUUCCCUGUACGCCAAGCUGCUCACGGACAAAACGCUCGAGCUACACGAUCGGAUCCACCGUCUGGAGAGCGGUAUCCUGAAGUUGGCCGAGUGUGCCAAGCAGGUCGACUCAUUGCAGCUUCAGCUGGCCGAUCAAGAGAUAGUGCUGAAGGUGAAAAACGAAGAAGCGGACAAACUGAUCAAGGUAGUGGGUGCGGAGAAUGAAAAGGUACAGAAGGAAAAGAACAUUGCCGCCGAGGAAGAGCUAAAGGUGCGUGUGAUCGAAGAAGACGUUGGUGCAAAGGCGAGGGUCUGCGAGGAGGAUCUCCGGAAGGCCGAACCGGCCUUACUUGCCGCACAGGCCGCACUGGAUACACUCGACAAGACGAACCUGACGGAGUUGAAAUCGUUUGGCUCCCCACCGGACGCUGUCGUGAAUGUGUGUGCCGCUGUGUUGGUGCUGUUCUCGCCCAAGGGGAAGAUACCGAAGGACCGUAGCUGGAAGUCGUGUAAAAUGAUCAUGAACAAGGUGGAUGUGUUCUUGAACGAUCUCCUCUACUACGACAAGGAGCACAUCCAUCCUGACGUGAUCAAGGCACUGCAGCUUUACCUGAGGGACCCCGAGUUCGAUCCGGACAAGAUUCGCGCGAAAUCCAUCGCUGCCGCCGGCUUAUCUGCAUGGGUCAUCAACAUACACCGAUUCUACGAGGUGUACCAGGUGGUCGAACCGAAGCAGCGUGCGCUUAACGAAGCGCAAACGGAGCUGAAGGAUGCGCAGGAUAAGCUGAUGGAGCUGACGUCCAAGAUUACGGAGCUGGAGGAUAAGCUGGGUGUGAUCGAGGCCGCGUUCAACAAUGCGCUGGCGGAGAAGCAAAAGUGUCAGGACGAGGCGGACAAGACGGCCUUUACUAUCGAUCUGGCGCAUCGUUUGGUGAACGGACUGGCAUCGGAGAAUGUGCGCUGGCGGGAAUCGAUAGCCAUGCUGAAGGGUCAAACGGUGACCCUGCCGGGCGAUGUGCUAUUGGUUGCUUGCUUUAUCAGCUAUGUCGGUUGCUUCACCAGACGAUACCGCGUCGAGUUGCAGGAAAAACUGUGGAUUCCCACGUUCCGCAUGUCCCGACCGAUGAUACCGUUCACGGAAGGUGUUGAUCCGCUGAGUUUGAUCUGUGACGAUGCAAUGAUCGCCUCGUGGAACAACGAAGGUCUGCCGUCCGAUCGCAUGUCGGCCGAGAAUGCGACCAUACUGACGUAUUCCUCCCGUUGGCCGCUCAUGAUCGAUCCACAACUCCAAGGAAUCAAGUGGAUCAAGCAAAGGUAUGGCGAUGAGCUCACAGUUUUACGCCUUACUGUGCGUGGAUAUUUGGAUGUGAUCGAACGAUGCGUGGUGAAUGGAAAAAUUCUGCUCAUCGAAAACAUUGGCGAAACUGUCGAUGCCGUGCUGGAUCCUCUGCUGGGCCGCAUGCUCGUGAAAAAGGGCCGUUGCCUUCGGAUGGGAGAAAAGGAAAUUGAUUACAAUCCCAGCUUCCAGCUGAUUCUGCAGACAAAGCUGGCCAAUCCGCAUUACAAGCCGGAGAUGCAGGCUCAAACGACGCUGAUUAACUUUACCGUCACCAGGGACGGUUUGGAGGAGCAACUGCUGGCCGAGGUAGUGAAAGCCGAGCGUCCCGAUUUGGAGAAACAGAAGGCUGAUCUAACGACCGAACAAAACAAGUUUAAAAUCACGCUCAAACUGCUGGAGGACGAUCUGCUCAGCCGGCUGUCGUCCGCCGGCGAGAAUGUGCUCGAAGACGCUUCCCUCGUGCUGAACCUUGAGAAAACGAAGAAAACAGCAGCGGAGGUCGAGAUCAAGGUUCGGGAAAGCAAGAAAACGUCCGAGGCGAUCGACAUCGCGUUCGAAAGUUACCGUUCCGCGGCCGAGCGAGCGUCCAUUUUGUACUUCAUACUGAACGACCUGCACAAGAUCAAUCCCAUCUAUCAGUUUUCGCUGAAAGCGUUCACGACGGUGUUCAAGGAUGCGAUUGCCAAAACUCCUGCCGCAGACAAACUGAAGGACCGGGUCAUUAACCUGAUCGAGUCGAUAACAUUCGCGGUACAUAUGUACACCACGCGCGGUUUAUUUGAGAAGGACAAACUCAUUUUUAUGGCACAGAUGGCGAUCCAGAUUCUGCUCCACGCGAAAGAGAUCGAUCCGACAGAGCUGGACUUCUUGCUGCGCUUCCCGUACACACCGAAUCUUACGUCUCCGUUCGAUUUCUUGUCCAACAGCGGUUGGGGUGGCAUUAAAGCGCUUGCCAACAUGGAUGAGUUCCGUGCGUUGGAUAAGGACAUUGAAGGAUCUGCUAAACGGUGGCGCAAGCUGGUCGAAUCAGAGUGCCCCGAGCGGGAAAAGAUGCCCGGCGAAUGGAAGAACAAGAAUGCGCUGCAAAGGCUUUGCAUAAUGCGCUGCCUGCGUCCGGAUCGCAUGACGUACGCCGUACGCUUUUUCGUCGAGGAAAAGCUCGGUGCCAGAUAUGUGGAGGCGCGGACGGUAGAGUUUGCACGCUCGUUUGAGGAAUCGAGCGCGAGCACGCCGGUGUUUUUCAUCCUGUCUGCCGGUGUCGAUCCGCUGAAGGAUGUGGAAAAGUUGGGCAAGAAAAUGAAGUACUCGUCGGACUAUGGCAACUUCUACAAUGUGUCGCUCGGGCAAGGCCAGGAGGUAGUUGCGGAGGCAGCAAUGGAUGUGGCCUGCAAGGAAGGCCACUGGGUGAUAUUGCAAAACAUUCAUCUGGUGGCGAAAUGGCUACCAACGUUGGAGAAGAAGAUGGAGGCAACGCAGGACGGGGCGCACGUCAACUACCGUCUGUUCAUCAGCGGCGAACCGGCACCGUCGGCCGAGUAUCACAUCAUACCGCAGGGCAUACUGGAGUCUGCUAUUAAGAUCACGAACGAACCACCCACCGGCAUGCAGGCCAACGUACACAAAGCGCUCGAUAACUUCAACCAGGAAACGCUGGAAAUGUGCGGCAAAGAGGCAGAAUUCAAAGCAAUUCUGUUCUCUCUGUGCUAUUUCCAUGCGGUGGUGGCGGAACGGCGCAAGUUUGGCCCGCAGGGAUGGAAUCGCUCCUAUCCGUUCAAUGUCGGUGAUCUCACCAUCAGCGUGUACGUGCUGUACAACUAUCUGGAGGCGAACAAUCGUGUGCCAUGGGAGGAUCUGCGGUACCUGUUUGGCGAGAUCAUGUACGGAGGUCACAUCACGGACGAUUGGGAUCGUCGGCUGUGUCGGACGUAUCUGGAAGAGUUUAUGCAACCGGAGUUGGUGGAUGGUGACCUGAACUUUGCGGCCGGGUUUCCAGCCCCGCCCAACCUGGACUACGUAGGCUAUCAUAACUACAUCGACGAUAACCUGCCCUCGGAGUCACCGCAUCUGUACGGGUUGCACCCGAAUGCCGAGAUAGGCUUCUUGACCACCCUAUCCGAGCAGGCGUUCAAGACGAUAUUCGAGCUACAGCCACGGGAUUCCGGUGCCUCGAGCAGCAGCUCCGUCAGUCGUGAGGAUGUGGUGAAAAAUAUAAUCGACGACUUCCUGGACAAGCUGCCCGAGGAGUUCAACAUGGUGGAGCUGAUGGCACGGGUCGAAGAUCGCACACCGUUCAUAAUCGUCGCGUUCCAAGAGUGCGAGCGGAUGAACAUUCUCGUGCGCGAGCUGAAGCGGUCGCUCCGUGAGCUUCUGCUCGGCCUGAAGGGCGAGCUAACCAUCACGACCGACAUGGAGAAGCUGGAGGGAUCGCUGUUCUUCGACCAGGUGCCCGACAACUGGACCAAGCGAGCGUACCCGUCGAUGUACGGGCUGCAGUCGUGGUUCGCCGAUUUGCUGAUUCGCAUCAAGGAGCUGGAAGCGUGGUCGAACGACUUCAACCUGCCUUCGUCGGUGUGGCUGGCUGGGUUCUUCAAUCCGCAGAGCUUUCUCACGGCCAUCAUGCAGCAGACGGCCCGCAAAAACGAGUGGCCUCUCGACAAGAUGUGUCUGAGCUGCGACGUGACCAAGAAGUGGAAGGAGGACUUUAGCGCUCCGCCGCGCGAAGGCGCGUACGUGAACGGGCUGUUCAUGGAAGGGGCCCGCUGGGACGUAAACGUGGGCUCGAUUGCGAACUCCCUGAUGAAGGAACUGUUUCCCCAGAUGCCUGUCAUCUACAUCAAAGCCAUCACGCAGGACAAACAGGAGACGAAGAACAUUUACGAAUGUCCUGUUUACAAAACACGAACCCGUGGACCUACAUUCGUGUGGACGUUCAACUUGAAAACGAAGGAAAAAUCAGCCAAAUGGACUCUCGGUGGUGUUUGUCUGCUGCUGCAGGUUUAA